AUGUCGAUGAAAAUUGAAUAUAAUCCAUAUCGGAUAAAUCUUUUAUUUUACAUAGAAAAAUCAAUUGUAAAUGAUGAAACAAAACCUAUACUGAAUGUAUAUAAUAAUAAUAAUCAAGAAAAAUGGUAUAUUGUAGCAAGACAACUUGUUCUUCCGUUUAUGAUUUCUGGAUUUGGUAUGGUUGCUGCAGGACUUCUACUUGAACGUACGAAGGAAUUAAAAGUAUUUCAAGAAAUAACAGAAAUUUAUAUACUUGUUCCAGCUUUACUUGAUUUAAAAGGUAAUUUAGAAAUGACAUUAGCUUCUCGUCUAUCUACACAAGCAAAUAUUGGAAAUAUGGAUAAAAUAUGUAAAUUUAAAGAUUUAUUUAUUGGUAAUGUUGUUUUAAUACAAUUACAAGCUAUUGUUAUUGGUUUUCUUGCUGCGCUUGUAUCAAUUCUUAUAAGUUGGUUAUCACAAGGUCAUUUUAAUAUUCGAUAUGCUCUUAUUUUAUGCAGUAGUAGUGUUUCAACAGCAACAAUUGCUUCAACAGUAUUAGGUGUAGUUAUGAUGAUAGUUAUCGUCUUAUCUCAUAAAUGUAAAAUAAAUCCAGAUAAUAUUGCUACACCAGUGGCUGCAUCACUUGGUGAUCUUACAACUGUUAUUGUUCUAGCUGGUGUUAGUGAAUUUUUAUUUCAAAUCACUAAUUUUCAUUCAUUGUUACUAAUGAUGACAAUAGUGUUUUUUUUAACUCUAAUACCAAUUUGGACAAUUAUUUGUGCUCGAAAUGAACAUGUUAAAGAUGUACUUAUCCAUGGAUGGUCACCGAUAAUAGCUGCAAUGUUUAUAUCAAGUACGGGUGGUUUAAUUCUUGAUUUUGCUGUUCAAACAUUUCAUGGUAUCAUUGUUUUUCAACCUGUGAUGAACGGUGUAUGUGGUAAUCUAGUAACUGUACAAGCAAGUCGACUAUCUACUGCUCUUCAUCAACAAGGCAAACCGGGAGAAUUUCAAAAUGAUGAACAACAUACUGCUUCGACAGAUUGUCCGAAUCCAUAUAAAUUGUUUUGUUCUAGAGCUAAUGCUUCAUGCAUAGUACGUCUUUUAUUAUUCAUGGCUAUACCGGGUCAUUUAACAUUCCUAUUUAUUAUUUGGCAAUUAGCUGCUAAUCAUAUACAAAUUUCAUUUCUUUUUAUUUCUCUCUAUCUGAUCGCAGCACUUAUUCAAGUAGCUGUUCUUCUUUAUAUUGCUCAAUGGAUAGUAUCGUUUGUUUGGAGACAUCGUAGAGAUCCAGAUAAUGUAUGCAUACCGUAUUUAACAUCUACGGGAGAUCUUUUGGGUACUGCUCUGCUUACAUGUGUCUUUUUACUGCUUGCAUAA